AUGCAUUAUCUAUUAAACGAUCAAAGUUAUUAUUUUCCAUCCUCCAAUGAUCAAUCUUACCCGUUGCAACAAUUCCUCCAGAAUAUGAACUCGAACUUUCCAAUUAUUGUGCGAAUUUCAUCAUCAAAUAUUCACGAGCGACCAAUAAAGCAUUUCCUGUCCAGAAACAUUCCUUUAUUAUUACUGACUACUCAUCAAUUUCAAUCUAUUCUCUCCGAAUGCCAUUGUUCAAACGAGGGAAAACAUCGAUCAAGUAUCAGUCAUGGGAAACAUCUGAUUAAAAAGUCAACAAAACUUCGUACAAUGAAGAACCUGUCCAAGUCACUUGUUACAAUUGCGACCUCGAGUAGUCGAGAUGAAAAUACUGAUGAUACCAAUGGUGAUAACGAUGUGGAUGCGUUCAAUACUCGAACGAUCGCUCGAAAUUUAAAUAGAAAACGUUCGAAUGUUGUUCCGCUUUGUCGAAUUCCACUGUCUUAUCCUCAAUAUUUCGAAUUAUUGAAUGAAAAUGAUCAAGCCAUUGAGCCAUUUCACCGAAUAUCCGAUUUAUUGAUUAUUGAGUACGAAAAUGAUGAACAAAAUCGAAAAGUACGUACGGAAAAAUGGCCUCAAACGUUUUUUCUUCGAAGUACAUGUCAAGUGUUUACAAAACGUUCUGCUCCCGACGACGGUAAACUUUCUGGUAGCGCUGAUUCAUGUUACGGUUCAUUAUCCGACCUCGAUCCUCAAAAAACACCGCUGAUACUCAACGAUGAAAAACAAAUGCUUCAACCCGGGCAAGUCAUCACAAUUCUAAGUACAUGUUUAGCAUAUCGUAGUCCUACAAAUGUCCAAGAGUCAAACAAGUCGGAUCCGUCGACCUCUCAAUCAUCAACAACAUCAUGGUUACGAACCAAAUCUCGAUUUUUCUUUCCUCGCAGAAAACCUCAACAACCAUCAGUGAAUCCUUCGGUAAUGACUACCUCAACAAGAAACAUUUAUGAUGUACCAAAAAUCUCUCAGUCGUAUUUGAAAUGUCAAACAGAACAAGGUGAUAUUGUCUACAUAUCAAUCGACGAAACAGGCCUUUUUAGUCCCGUGUACGCCCCAAAGCGACGAUAUAGUUUCAUGUUCGAUCCUGACAACGCCGACGUAUCAGGUGUUUUUCAAUUAAAGCAACUCCUGUCUAAUUUCCGUUUUCCAAUCUCCGUUCGUUUGCUCAAUCAUUCCGUUACAUUUGACCAUAUCUAUUCUUCAUCAAAAACAAUCCUCUCUGAAACGCCCACGUCUCCGUCAACUAAAUUCCGUUUGUUAUUACCAUACACCGAACAAGUAAUCUUUGCAUGUCCUUUAAUCAUUCCGUCCUCGCUGAAAUCACAUACAGUUAUCAUCCCAAUACCGAUCGAUAGUGAAGUUGAAGUUCAGCGUUGUAUAAACAUGCACGAUAUCACGAAAAAUAAAUCUUACCAACGAUUACUCGACAAGUGCUCAGAAAUCAUCAAUCAGUAUCAAACCGAACUUUCGUACAUACAUUUUCCACUUGUUUUAAGCACGCCAAGCAAACCAAAAUCCGCACAAAAAGAUGCACUGUUUAAAAAACGCUCUCAAUCCGAACCGCACAUUGAGUUUCAUCCAACGGAGCUCAUUAGAGGAACCUUUCGCAAAUCAUGCGAUAUGCUUAGCAGUGAUGAAGACCAUCAACUGGAUUUGAUGCCAAAAGAACCUGAUCAAGCAGAGAAAAUCGCCAAACAAUCAAGUUAUUACUCGAAAAUUAAAAUUGACAAGCCAAGAAAAAGUUCUCGGCAACAAGAAUGCGAUUCUGAGGAUGAAAAUUAUCACGAACUAGAUCAGAUCUAUGAUUAUAUACGCUCAGGGGACGUGACGAUUGAUGUAAAAAAGAUUCAAGCGAAAGAACAAGCAUUGAACGCCAGAUCGAUUCAAAUGGAAAAUAUUUCACGCGUUCGUGUCCCAGCUGUUCCAAACGUACCGAAUAUAACUACAAAAAGCCCAUUGAAACAAUUAUCAUCAAAAUGUAAUAGCGCAGAAGGGCUAGAAUUCCAACAAUUUCCUUCGAAUGUCGAUGAUUCGCGACCGAUAGAUGCUAUACAUAAUCCAACUGAUUCGUCAACGUUGAAACCCAUUCUCCGAAUGAGUAGAAUUAACAAACAUUAA